CUUCCUCUUUCUUUUGAGUUAUAUGUUCAUUUGUAAUGUGGGUUCAAAAAUAAUUGGUAGAAAUUUGUGUGUGAAUGGUUAAAUGAUUAUUGGAAUGAGAAAAUAGAAGCGAAUUGAAAGGGAAGCAAUGUGGAUCUUUCUAGAAAUAGGGUUUGAAAGGAAACAGAUUUAUCUAUGCUGAUUGAAAGCAAUUUGGUUAUAGUUCUUAUUAGUAUUAGUGUUUAUGUAAUUGUUUGUGUGAAACUUUGGAAUGUAAUAAUACUGAAUUGAAUGUUGGAUAAGUGAACAUAUGCAGAUUGAAAGUCGGUUUCAGUUUCAAUUAUGAUUGAAUGUUUUUUGUUACAGGAUAUCCAGAAGAUCGAGAUAAUGACAAAACCAAAGCGUGGAGGAAAGAAAAAUACUAAGCAGAAGAAAGGAAAGUCUACAAAAAAAAACAUUGCUCAUGUAGAAGAACAACAUGUAGAAGAGCUUUCAACUGGAAAUGAUAGGGAUGAUCUGUCAGCACAUGAAAACGAGACUGAUCAUCCUGCACAGGAGAAUGAGACUGAUCAUCUGUCAGCGACAUCUCAGGAAUGCCAACCAUUGCCACCUGAUGUGCUAUACUUCAAGAACACCGAGUUCACCAAGACAUGCAAGAUACAAAGCAAGUGCUAUGUGAGUAACACGGUGGCUACCAUCAAGACGCUUAAGCCUGAGUUGAAGUGGUUCGAGAACCACCCUCAGUUUUGUCAUAUUUUCCACAUGCCCGAUGAACCAUACUUGAAGCUGCUGGGUGUGUGGAUGCUUCUAUUGCGAACCAUUCCCUUAGAAGAGGGAGAGGACACAUCUUGGUUUGCGGUUAAUGGCGUGCCCAUCCGGUAUUCCAUCAGAGAGCAUGCACUCAUCUCAGGUUUGGACUGCAGUGGAUACCCGGAUAAGUAUGAGGAGUUGGGGAGCUAUGAGUUUGUAGAUAGGCAUUUUGUGUCACACAAAGCGAUAACCAUGAAAUCUGUUGAAGAGAAGCUGUUGAGCAUGAGAGCGUGUGGGGAUCGACUCAGGAUGGCGGUGCUCUACUUCUUGGGCACUGUUAUCAGAGGGAGGGGAAGGUAUAAUGCCCCCUUUGACUCUUUCAUUCUAAGAAUCGUCAACGAUGUGGAGGAUUGCAAAACCUUUCCUUGGGGUCACUUGACGUUUGAUGAUAAUAUCCGGUCCAUUAAUCGCUUGAUGAAGCGUCUCAAUGGGAAAGCUAAGAAGAAUAUCAACUUUCCUGGCUUCAUACUUCCUUUAGAGAUGCUGGCAUUUGAGUGUAUUCCAGCUCUGAAUGCUCAAUUCAGAGAACAUGUAGCCGGUUGUCUUGCUAACUGUCCGAGGAUGUGCAAGUGGCGGUUCCAAAGUAACAGCAUGAAGGGUUAUCCACUUGAGGAUUUGUACAAUGCACUUGGAAAAACGAAGGUGAUUAAAAGUGUUUUGGCUCCUACUAUUGAUAAAGAAACUCUCAUGGCGCGUAUAAUGGAGGACGAGCCAGACUAUGAAAAUGAAGAUGGGCCAAGUAAUUUGUGGAGCUCAUGGCUUACUGUUAAGGAGAAGCCUAUCUGGUGGAAAGAUCUCUAUGAGUUAGAUGUGGCUGCAAGGAAAUUUCCUACGAAGAAAGACAAAAUGAAGGUGAAUGAAGAAGCAUCCUCCUCUAAUGCAAGUUUGGAGGACGUUUUGAAAGGGAUUGAAGAGAGGUUGAUGACAUGUUUGAGUGAAGUGAGUGUGAAGGUGGAGACAAUGAACAAGAGGCUCUGUGUCAUGGAAAAGAGCCAAGUCGUUUUAAAAAGGAGGAGUAAGAGGAUGAAGGCAAUGGAGAAGAGGCUUGAGGACAUUGAAAAUUGCCAAUAUCAUUUGAAAAAGAAUGGCAGGAAGCAGAAGGCGAUGGUUGAGAGGAUUGAUGUGCUUGAGAAAGAGAUGAAGAGGAAGGAGAACGAGAACGUUGAGGGUUUUGACUACCAAAACAUGGAUUUUGACUGGGAUGGAGGACGUUCUGUAGAUGCAGAAAUGGUAGAAGAACCAGAAGGUCAGAAAGCUGAAGAGACCGAUAAAGAGGAGGAAAAAGAGGAGGCUGAGAUCGAGAAAAAAGGGAAAGAUGGCGAAGAAGAGGCUCAGAAGGAAAAUACAAGUUCCGAGGAAGAGAAAGAACUGGAAGUUCAGGUUGAAGAAGAUAAAGAAGCUGAGGAAGAAAAAGAACAAGAAGUUGAGACUGAAAAUAAAGAAGGUGAAGCUGCUCAGACUCAAGCUGAAGAUGAUGAAGAAAAAGGUGAAGAAGAGGUUGAAAAAGAGGGUGAAAACACUGCUGAAACUGAACCUCCUGUUGAAGUUGAAGAAGAGGUUCAAAAAAAGAUUGAAGAAGAGGGUGAAGAAAAUGUUGAAAAUGAACAUCUAGCUGAAGUUGAAGAAGAGGUUCAAAACGAGAAUGAAGAAGAGCUUAAUGAAGGAAAAGAGGUUGAAGAAGAACCUGAGCAGAAAGAGGCAGAGCUAGAUGAAGGGAAAGAGGUUGAAGAAGAACCUGAGCAGACUGAGAAAGUUGAGAAAGAAGAUAGGAUAUACACGGAGGAAGAGAAGAAAAGGUGGAUUCUUACCGUGUGCAAGACUGAUGAUGUUCCUCCUGUGGAGAAGACUGGUGGAACCGAGGAAACAUCUAGAACUCCUGCUCGUGGGGGGGGUGAAGCAUAGACCUAAGUUAAUGGCGGUGAGGAAACAUGCUACUAAGAAGAGGGGUAGACCAAGAAAAGCUGAGAAACCACAUAAAUUCACAACGCCACUACCGACAAAAAGGAUUCGUGCACCAUCACAGUACGUAACCACUCCUUUCACUGAAGCUAAUACCGACGAGAUUGAAGGGCGCAAGAAAAAGCCUAAAACAAAGGCUUAGAAGACUACCAUCAUAAUAUAUUUUGGGUGUGUAAUAUUUAUGUCGGCUUUUGUUGUAAACUUAUGUAGGAUGCUAUGUUUUGUUGGUUGUUGGUCUGUAAAACUUGAAUGAUAUAUGUUAUGUAAGAUGUUUUGUGUUGUAUGAUUGUCUUGCAGCAGGUUUGGCCAAUAGAGUACAAGGCAGGCUAAGUCCUAAGAAAACAUAUUUGUACUACUAGGUGUAUUAGGUAUUACUAAGCCAAAAAUAUUGUCGACACUUUGUAAAAAAAAAAAAAACAUGUUUGACUAUUAAAGUAAUAUUAAUAGAGUACAAGGUAUGCUAAGAAAACCUAUGGCACAUGUCUAAAACGUGUUAUUA